GCCCGCCCCCAUUUCCUCCUCCCUUCGUCUCGCCCGCGGCCGCCGAACGCGGCGCGGAGGCGGCGGAGGCGGUUACCGGCUCGGCUCUACCGGAGGGCGCGCGCGGUCCCGCCGGAGGUAUGGGCACGCCGGAGUUCCCCAACCUGGGGAAGCACUGCAGCGUCGGCGACUGCAACCAGAUCGACUUCCUCCCCUUCACCUGCGACCGCUGCGACCAUGUCUUUUGUCUUCAGCACAGAAGUUAUACAACACACCAAUGCCCAAAUGCAAAUAUGAAGGAUGUCACUGUCCUCAUCUGCCCACUCUGUGCUCAAGGGGUUCGCCUCAAUCCAAUUGAAGACCCAAAUAUCACCUGGGAUACUCAUGUUAACACUGAUUGUGAUCCAUCCAAUUACCAGAAAGUAACAAAGAAACAGAAAUGCCCUGUGCCUGGGUGCAGAGAGACACUGACGUUUUCCAACACGAUCAGAUGCAAAGACUGCACCAAAGAACACUGCCUGAAGCAUAGAUUCGGGCCUGACCACAAAUGCCCAGGACCAAGAACAGUGGAUUCGGGCUUGCCCUUUGUAAAUAUGCUAAGGAGAAGUCAGAAAGCAGAGACACGUCCGAACAGCAGCAACAAGAAUAGUUCUUCCUGGUGGAGCUCCAGCCUUGUGAAUGCAGCAACCAAUUUCAAAUCGUCGGCUGAAGCUGGAAUGCAGAAACUGAGCAUCGCGACUAGCCAAGCCUUCCAGAAGGCUAAGGAUGGGAUGUCCCCAAACAGCAGCGGCAGCAGUGGUGGCCUUGUGGAGGAAUGUGUUCAUUGCCCAGCAAGAUUUUCCACCGUGGGCGCCUUAAUUGAACAUGUCGAGAAAUCCCACCAGAAGAACCAGCAACCGCGCCGUGGCCAAGUGACAGUUGAUGUUUGCCCGAAAUGUAGCAAGGCGUUUCGAGAUCCGGUGUUGCUGGUGGAGCAUGUUGAGAGGGACCAUGGAGGAACGUCAAGAGCAUAAAGCUUCUCGUGUGUACGUACUGUAUGCUCCGCGUACUUUGCAACUUAUUUUUUUUUCUUCCUUCUCGUUUCAUCCAUUUGGCUUUACUCUACUCCUUUGAUCUUGAAAUCUGAUGCCCACAUAACAAGUAUAGGAUGUUCGAUUGAAGGCAAAGCCGGUUUCCAUUCCAUUGAAGCUACGUUAGUAUUCCUGUCGUUCCAGAUUCUAAUAGAGAUUAAAGUACGGUUUUGUUACGGCAAUGGUAAUGCCUGUUGCAACUGGUGGAGCUGUUUUCUGAUCAAAAGUGUUCCAUCUUCAGUA